UCCUCAGAUGGAUUCUUCAGUCAGCCGAGUGGAACUGGUGCGGCUGCUGGAGAGAUAGAGAGGCAGUGCUGAACAGACGCUGGGUCAGAGCGCUCAGUUGCUUCAGACAAUCACAGGGGAGCGAGAGAAAGACACAGGAAAAGAGACACAGAUACAGACAGAGAGAGAGAGGAGAGAGAGAGAGGACACCACACCACACAGAAAGACUGAAAAGAGAGAAAAGGAGGGGAGAGACAGGGGAGGGAGGUAAAUAUGUGACAGGAUGUGGUUUCCCUGAGCUUGCAGAACAUCGGUAUACAGGCAUACUUUGAGCAUGACCUAAACACACCGAGCUUACAAGUGUGUUUGAGAGCUCUGUGAGGUGGCGAGGAGGGGAAGACGAACCAAAACCGCUGGAGCUGCUGCUGCUGCUGCUGCUGCUGCUGCUGGAGCUGGAGCUGCCGCUGCUGCUGUUGUGCUCGUAGAGGCGACAGACGCUCUGGUUUCUCUUCUGUUGCCUUGCCGGAGGAUUGGUGGUUUGCUUAUCGCCAGCCAGCUGCACAGCAGCAAACCACAGUCAUCUUUUGCCGGACAGCAUCUGAAACCUCCUGCUCCUCCAUCCUCUCUCUCUCUCUUUGUGCGGCUGGUCUCCUUCCAAGUUAGAAUGCGUUUCUCUGCUGGAAGUUCUGGUCCAGUUGCUGCCUUCGCGUCCAAGCAGUGAACUUUAAAAAAAAAAACGAGAUUGUGAAACAGGGUCCGUGCACAGAGAAACACACACACACACACACACUGUGGAGCCAUGGGCUGCGGGCUGCGUAAGAUGAAGCCGACGUCGGAGGAGACGAGCCCGGGGAAGAUUUACUCCACCUUGAAGAGGCCACAGGUGGAGACCAAAGUGGGCGUGGCCUACACAUACCGCUACCUGGACUUCCUCAUCGGCAAAGAUGGUGGGACGUCCACGCUGCGCCUUUCCUCGGUGCGGGAGCUGCCAGGCCAGCUGCAGGAGCUUUACCAGCAGGGUUUUGUUCUGGCGGCGGUUCACCCGUUCAUCCACCCCUGUGGUCCGGAAUCCAACAGCCCUCAGCACCAGCUCUACCGGGCCAUACUGGUCCGACUCAAUGAUGGGGCGGAAAGGAGCCAGUCAGUCUGCCCAACGUACAAACUACAGCUGGAGGAGUGUCUGUCUGCCGAGCAGGUGCCCACCCCAGAGCUCAUCCAGGGCUACGUCAAGAAGCAGAUCCAGGAUGCUGCUGACCAGGGGGUGAUGUUUAUUGGAUUUGUCCAGGAACCCUAUGGUGCCCCGUGCACCAGGAUCAGAGAACCAGACACCCCUUCUCUUUCCCUGCACUCCAGCCCCAGCUCUGUGCUCGGUUCGCUAGGCAGCUGCAGCCCCUCGAACCCCUCGAGCCCCAAAAGCCAUGCAGAACCAGGAGCUCGGGCUGACCCUGGGGACAAAGAGGGCAAUGAGGAAGCUGCGUGCGAGGCCGGGGAACGAGCACCGUGUGACGAGAAGAAGAAUCAAAGUGAGAACACUGGGAACCAUUCAGGGACCGGGGUGGAGGGCAGCCCGGACAAGGUCUCGCCUGCGGCGUCUCCAAUAUCUGAGGGAGAUCUGGAGCAUAGCGAGGAGCUGACGGAGGAGGACUCGCCUUGUCACAAUAACAACAAAGACAGUGGCAGAGACACAAAGGAGAGGCCGAGAUACCGCCUGCGGAGGGGCGAUGGGGUCGAGCUGCUCGCUUUGUACAACCACCCGCCGGUCCGGGAGGGCCAGGUGAAGUACUACACCGUCAAGGUGCCGCUGAGGGUUCAAAACUGUGACGAGGGAGUCAAAGGCGUGGAGGCCAACUGGUUGGAUCACAUGACCCAGCACUUCAAUAACGGAGCCUCACUGGUCGAUGGAUACUUCCACCUGGGCAACAUGAACGAUAUGCUGCCUAAGUCGGUGGAAAGCGUCUUCAUCUUCCAGGAGGGGAACGAGGGCGAGCCCAACGUAGCCACGGCGACAUACGACGCCAUCGUGGUGGAGCAGUGGACUGUCAUUGAUGGUUUGCAGGUGAAGGCAGAUUAUGUUCCUCUGCUGCAGUCCCUGGCCACGUAUGGAUGGAGACUCACCUGUGUGCUGCCAACUCCUGUAAUCAAGACUAACAGCGAUGGAAGCCUGUCCACCAAACAGAUUGUUUUCCUGCAGAGACCCAUCCUGGGCCGAAAGAGAAGAGAAUCAAAGAAAUUGAUCUUCAAGCCCCGAAGCAAGUCCAACAAGAACUGCAUCAAAGACACAGCAAAGAACAAGAAGAAGAAGAAAACAAAGGAUGUGGAGGAUCCCAAGAUCCUCGACGACAGAGAAAAGGUGGAGAGAGAGGAAGACAGGAGUAGGGAUGAAGGGGUGAACAAAACAGAUGUGGAGGCAGCGAGAGAAAGCGAGACAUCGAAAGACAGGGGAGUGAGUCGCGAGGAAGAUAGAAAGAAUGACGAUGGGAUCGAAAUCAGCGUAGAGACUGUUGAAAAGAGAGCCGGAGGAGCAGAGAUGAAAGACAAAGGAGCAAAAAAUGGCAAAGACGAAGAGGGAGAAGAAAAGAUAGCACCGGAAGGAGAGGGAUCAAAAGUGAACGGAGAGCCUUUAGAGAAUGGCGAGGUCCAGGAGGUGACGGAAAUCGUGGCGACUGUCGAAACACAGAGCAUGACCAAAGAAAAGUUGGAGCAAGGCGUAGCGGAAGUUGUGACCGAAAACGGGGUCGAGACAGAUGAGGAGAAAGAGGACGCCAUCAAACGCAAGACAGAAGAGCCAGCGGGAGUGGAGGUCAUUGUCAAGGAGGUCGUGGCAGAUUCACAGGCCACACCGACUAAUCAAAGCCCAGAGGAGACUCAAGAGUAGGAGCCCCAAGUCCUCUCAGUCAAGGUUUUUCCCCCCCUGCCCUACCUCUUAAAUCCCCCCUUAAGAACUGGUUCACAGUGUUGUCCCUGAUCCAAAUUAAAAAGGGGGCUUCAAUGCCCAUCGCUGCAGCAUCUUUCAUAGACAAUUCCCCCCCCUGCAACCUGCCACAGUAUAGCAACAGAACGAUUUCAUGUAACCGCAGACAUCAGCCCUACUGUAUAACCACACGUACUGAAUGUAUAUAUCCAAAAACAGGAGACGCUGGUGCAGGAUAGUCAACGAGGAGACACUGGAACGAUGCCAUGAUGAGGCCUGGUCACACCGACAUUUCAACAGUUAGUGGGUUUGUUAGGAAGUCAAGUCUGACACACAAAUUUGCACCAUGACAGUGUUAAACUUUGAGGGGGGAUGUAGACUCCAUCUGCACCAUCUGCUUUCAUUUAACCUCUCCCCAAAGUCUGCAGACAAUUAUAAGACAGGAGCUGAUGCCACAAAUACGUCUUUUGAAUAAACCGUGUGACUUCAUUGUCUCAUUAGCGACUAAGAUAACUAGUAAACUCUUUAUUGAAUGUAAUUGAGGCUGACAAAUGUUAGUGUGGUUUAGCCCUGUCUGUGAUCGAUGCCUACGUCACCAAGCCUUUUAAAAAACCACGGGGGAUAUAAACGACGCUGUGCCACUUUCUGGUGUGACCGGGUCUUUAAGGGGAGCGAUGAGCGUUAGGUGAUUCUCAUUAAUGUAACGUGUGAUUAGGGUUGAUUAGAUAAACUGAAAGAACAGCAGUGAUUUGAGAUAUCACGCCCCACGUAGGUUCUGAUAGUUCUACACAGAUGCAGCAUCUGUUACAGGGUGUGCUUUCACCCGAGAGGUGAGCAGCUCCUUGAGUCAGCUGCAGAAAAAUCCACGAGGCAGAAUCUUGACAGGACACAGGCCUUUCCUCAUCCACACGGCUGACUAUCUAAAGGCAAGGUAUGCUCAGAAAAAAAGCUCCUUAUGUGAUCAUCUGCCGUUCCUUUCGUUCUGUGCGCCAUCGUUAAGUUGUAAAAUGCGGAGAGGGAGAACUCGGAGGAGAACGCCGGUAGAGGUGAUGGGAAAGGCGUUUGUUGCGACAGGCAAUCCAAAGUCGGGUGAAGAGAUAAUUGUUUACGCUGAGCUCUAAGCCGUCAAGUGCUUCAAAGAGAGCCGAUAAUCACUCUUUGGUGCGGUGUGCUAAGCUCACCUUGCACACAGAAUGUUCCAUAUUCAAAGCCAAGUCAGAUAAGGAUGUGAAAUUCAGCUGAAUGCUCGCAGCUCGAGGGCACAACUCAUAUUUAGAUGCACCUAGUUAGCUUUGACAUACGGGAGAGAGGGGGAUUUAUUUUCCGUGCAAAGUUGCAUUUUUAAUUACAUUUCCAGUCAAUGGCCACAAACAAAAGCAUUUGUCAAGUGUGGAAAAUAAAAAAAAAGGUUAAGCUGUGUGGUCAGGACUGAGCCUUGUUGUUUACUCAGAUAUCGAGAAAGGAGAAAUUGAGACAAAGAACGACGCUGAGAGCUAAAGAGAACAGACCACGGAGCAUAAAGAGAGUCAAAUAAAAGAAAUGAACGGGCUCAUUUAAAUUAACUGCGUCUCACAUCCCCCCGUUGAGAUUUUCUUUAUUAUUUUACCUCCAGCUCUUUAAGCACCUCUUACCCGACAUCAUUUCUGACAAUAAGCAAGUCAUAAUGUGCCGUUUCACACGGCAUCGAGUAGCUUUCCAUUUUUUUUUUUCUUAAAAAAGGAGGGGAGAGUUGAUGGUGAAGGGGGGGAAGGUGGCGACAUUCACGGUGUAGAGCUCUCAUUAGCUCACUAAUGGAUUUUUUCAGUGGGGUUCCUGUCAGGAAUCAUGCAUUUAUAAUGGGGGUCACUUAUUGGGGGGGGAGGUAUUGACAGCAUAACACCUCAUGCCAAGCAACUAGCCUUGAGAUUUACCGGUGAUGUCAUAGGGAAUCAUUUUUGCACUGAAGAGUUUGCGAAAACACGUCAAGUUAAACUUAUUUAUUAAAAAUGUACACAUUCGGUUAAUCAAGAACUUAAACUACCUGCUGUCCUGCUUUAUACAGACUUUAAUUUGUCAUAAUUUGGAUCUUUUUGUUUUAUGAGAACAGAUGAUACCUUGGUGUAUCCUUUUUUUUUUUGUGUGUGGGUGGGUGGAGGGGGUGAAACUCUUCAAUUACACACAAGUAAGAUCGAUUAUGCUGAAUAAGUGCUCUCUUUAAUGAAUCCAACCCGCCGCUGAGAUUUCUUUUCAAAUGUAAAAUGGCAAGUGUUUUUUUGUGUAGAGUAGAAUAUAAAAACUGUGACCAGCUUAGCCUUAUUACUAUACUGUACAUGGCCCAACAAUCUGCUUUUAGAAACGUCUUUUAGAGGCACAAUGGUGAUUUUAAGUGUUAUAUGUUUGUUAUAGUCAAACAGGAAGGGUUUUGCUACAAGUUAAGUGUUGGUAUUUUGAAGCUGUUUUAUUACUGGCAUUCAGACUGAGGGGGAUAAAAGAUUUGAAGUGUUUGUCCAUAUGAAGGUAAUUUGUUUUUAACUCUUUUCUUUUAUUAUUAUUAUUAAUUGUGAAUGUUCUGUUUUUUAAGUCAAGCGUUUUGACGGCGACUUUGCGUUGCCUCUGCUGUUCCGCUGAAGCUUGCUAAAAAAAAAAAAAAAAAAAAUGUAUUUCUGACUGACGCUUCGAGCUACCUCCCGAGGGCUGUUGUUGGUUUUUUAAACCGAGGGGUCACCGCCUAGAAACAUAUGCUCCUUGUCCUCUCACCCUCCACUAUGACAGAGCCCAGACCCAUGAGCAUGAGGUCAUCGCUAAUGGCAGACAAGGUCAAAAAGGUCACGUUUGAGUCAGGAUGGAUUUUCCACAGCUGUACACAGGAGUUUGCACGAGCACACGACAAAUAACCACUAUAUUGAAUUAAGAUAUGAAGUCAUAUCAUAAUAUUCUCUGUGGUAUUUUUCUUUUGUUUUUCUUUUUGUUUUUAUUUGUCAUUCUCUCAGCUGCUUUUUAGCUUUCAGCUGUCUGAGCUUUAAUAAGCACUUAUUGUAUUCAAGAGAUAUUUUGUGCUGCCUCUCGCGUCAGAGGCUCCCGAGGAGCAAAUAAGACUCGGCUGUCACUUUCACACGUUUCUCAGACGUCUAAGUAUGAAAGGCGAUACCCGAAAGACGCCUUUUGAUAGCAGAUGAGAUCAUUACGGAUAUAUAUUCGAGAAAUUUCCCCGCUGAAUCCUGGUCAGCUUAUUUUCCAUCAGAUUUAAUCAAUUUCUUCAUUUUCUCCCAACGUCAAGAUAAACUGUCAUCUAUCUGUUUUAUGAAUAUGAAUUCAUUUCCCAGCCUUUUCUUUUUUUCUUCUUAAUCUAAAACUGUGACAUGUAUUCCCCUUUGGCAUCCUGUGAAAACAGACAAAUCAUAUCCCACUUUUAUCUACAAGAGCAAAAAGUUUGGAAAAUCACAUGAUCUCAUGUGACAUGACAUGUUUUUUUGGACUCCCACCACAUUCCCACUGGACAUCCACAAACACGGACGAUUGUAACCUUGACGGAAAAAAAAAAAAGUUACAUCCGCCCGUCCCACACCUGAGGUCGUGGCCUUCGGGGGGCCCCCCAUUUCUCCCUGAUAAGGGCUGAUUGGUUGUAGCGCAGUCUGACCUCUGACAUGAGUACACUCCAGGGGACUGUGGGUAAUUGUGUUUUUUUUUUGUAUUUUUCUUUGUCUGGUAUUACGAAUAAGAAAAACACAGACAUGGAGGGGGGGGAAAAAAAGCAAGGCAGGAUCUGACACGUCAUCAGUUAAAUGAUGCUGAACCAUGUUAACGUAGUCGUCCGUGAAAAGAAGGAGACCUUUGACUAAUGUUAGACUUAAAUAUACAUUUGCAGCCCUCUACUCAUUUGUGUAAAAAAAAAAAAAAAAGAAAGAAAGUAAUAUACAGUUUCCUGUCUUAUAUCAGCAUAAUUGUCUCUGAGCCUCAAUAGUGGCGCUGGUGCAAUCGUUCUUGGUCAUGCUGUAAAAAUAAAUAAAAUAAUACAAUGUAAUGGUUCAUUUCCUGUGUGCUACUAUGAUGUGAAACGGGCAGAGUAGAAAUGACAGAACAUGAUACAAUAGGAUGCCGUCAUUUUUUAUUUCUUUUCUUCCUGUGUUGUCACUUUAGCUUGCUCACAGCCUCUGGAAAAUGUAUUCUUCUCUUGUUUUUUUGUCUCUGAUGUUUUGUUUUUUUUGUACCACCUCGGCUGCCGUCUUGAAUGUUGAGUAUCUUUGAUCAUGUGCUGAUGUCACUUGCGUAGCAGUGUUUGCUAUCAAGGCGGGAAAAAAAAGUAUUCUAAAAAGUAUACUAAAAAGUAUGUCCACAUUCCUAUUGUUCAUGACAUCUGUACAAUUUGUAUAUUAUAAAAUGAUUUAUAUUUAAUGUG